AUGGCUGUAGUUGCUAAAUAUCACGAGUAUCCCUCCGAUCAUGAGCUUCAUGACCACCAACCACAGAUUGAUGAGAUCCUCCAUGACCAGCCAUGCGACGACAUGCUACAAUCGUCCUGCCGUAUCAUCAAACUUCCUAAUGAAAUCCUUGACCUGAUCCUCUCCUACUUGUCCGCGCGGGACCUCACGCGCCUGGCCUCUACCUGUCGCAAAUUCAACGACCAUUCUGCCAGUGAUAUUCUAUGGGGGAAACUAGUCAACUCACAUCUACCGAAUUGUAUAAAGAAUCCGGGUCCGUUUGAAUCCUAUCGCCGCUUGUACCUUGCCCACCUCUCGUACUGGUUCAUCCCCCAGUACAAGAUCUGGUUCUCCGACCACAAUCACACGGGAAAUUUAAUUCUAGCUCGAUAUGAUAAUCGACGUGGAGUGAUUGAUGCAUACCGAAUCAUCGCAGAAAAGGGUGCGCCAGAAUUACAUGUCUGGGAAUCUCACCCGGAAGUUGUAAUUCUUGCGUUCGAACCCCAGCAUCCAUCGUCCAAGGUAGCGGCAUCUCAAAAGUGGAUGCCUGAGCGUCGAAUGCCCAUGUCAGCGGAGUUGCAUGGCCUUUAUAACUCAUUGAUACUGUGUCCCAAAGACACCCCAUCACGCGACGAAGCCAAUGCCAACCUCUGGCCCCCUCCAUUGAUACCCGCGAACGAACGCAUACAGAGGGAAACAAUGCCUUUGAGACUACCCGAGCGAGCGUCCGAAGCUUCGGAAAUGGGGUUCCGCAUUCGAAGAUGGGCACAUUUCCGGUUUGGACUACAGGCGGGAUUGGCUAGUGACAAUGAGGCAAUCUUCUCCUACGCCACGCUUGAUCCGAGCCUGUAUACACCAACCAGAGAGAAACCAUAUCAGGGUAUUUGGGUCGGAGACUAUUCUGCACAUGGAUGUGAAUUUCUUCUGCUGUUCCAACGGGAUCCACCCCCCUCAGAUGCCGAAGGAAAUGCAGCAGAGAUGGCCGGGGACAUUGUGCAGAAAGGUAGUUUGGAAGCAGUCAAGCUUACUGGUGACCCGAAUGUCCCUCGUGGUGAGUACUCGUUCCUCGCCGAGGACAUUGGUCCAAAUGGGCUUCUUUCCGUGUCGGACUCGAAACCGUUUGAAGGCGCACGAAUCGUGCGUUCUAAGGGACAUCUAGCUGGUCUUGGGUUCCGCGACGAUACUUUUAUUGACUCUCAGCUCAUUCUUAUCUCAACUGAUUACUUAGCACAUUACUGGGUGGAGCUUGGGCACAUCUCAUACUACCGCCGUGUGGAUAUCGAUGCUCUCUUGCAAACUUGA